UGCAGCAGGUAGGUUUUGUCCCAACCUGCUCACCUGGUUGCAGCAGACCAGCAGCUCAUACCUGCAUCAGGAACCUGGAACGUUCUGUGUGACUCUGUCUGGAUUUUCUUUGAUCACUUCUGUUAAAACUGCGAACAUGUCGUUGACGCUGUUCUACACCAGCGUGAGCUCGUCCGUGCAGAUUAAAAAAAGUCAGGAAAAGAUCCAGUCGGUUCUGGACUCCAAGAAGAUCCCCUUCAGGCUGGUGGACAUCGCUCAGUGCUCUGAGGACAAGGAGCUCAUGAGGAAGAUCUGUGGAGACCCGACUGCUCUGCCUCCACAGCUGAGCAACGGAGACGUCUACUGUGGCGACUUUGCUGCUUUUGAAAAUGCAAUUGAGGAGGAAAGAUUAAACGAGUUCCUCAAACUGUGACGGAAACGAUGAGCAGCUGAACACCAAGCAGCAGCAACAACAACAAAAACCUACGAAAGAGCAAAUGAAUACUUGUGUCUCUGUGACGUUUUGUUCAUGUUUGAACAAUGCAGCUAAAAAAAGCUCAUUUGGUUUCAUGGAAUCAUCAAGAAUAUGAAAAACAUGGAUUCAUGUGAAAAUGUUGGAGAGUUUUUGAAGCUUCACGUCUGAAAAGUUUGUAGAAAUGAAAUAAAAUAGUUUAAAUUGUA